AUGGAUUGCUCCAUGACGAGCAGCAUCCUGUCGGCCAACUACAACACGAUCCUGUUCGAGUUCGGCGUCAUCCUGGUGAGCAGCAAGGUCCUGUACGCGCUGCUCCGCAAAGUGUACCAGCCGCGCGUCUUCUCCGACCUGCUGCUCGGCAUCAUCCUUGCGCAGUUCCGCGUGCUCUCCCUCACCAACGCCAUCAACCUCGUCUUCGGCAAGAUCGGCGGCUUCGUCUUCGCGCCCUACCUCUUCGCGCUCGGCGUCGAGAUGGACCCCACCACGCUGCUGGACGCCCCCACCGGCGACUCCGUCGUCGCCUACGCCGGCAUCCUCUCCACCUGCGUCCUCGUCACGCUCUUCCACAUGCCGCUCAUGCAGGCCACCUCCGGCGUGGUCCACGAGCGGUCCCUCCGCUCCUUCCUCGGCCUGGCCGCCGUGCUCGCCAACACCGCCUCCCCCGUCCUCACCCGCCUCACCACCGACCUCAAGAUCGCCAAGACCGCCCCGGUGCUCACGGCCGCCGUCCUCGUCGUCGUCAUCGUGUCCGCCUUCGUGUCCCGGGCCAUGGCCGAGUGGGUGGGCGCGCGCAACCCGGAGGGCCGCCGCAUGCGGGGCUUCGACCUCUCCCUCGUGGCGCUCGCCGCAGCCGCGCUCUGCUGGCUCAGCUCCGCGCUGCGCCUGAACGUGAACAUGGCGGCGUUCCUGGUGGGGCUGGCGUUCCCCAGCGAGGGCCGGGUGUCCAGGCUGCUGGUGAGCAAGACCAACUUCGUGCUCAGCUCCUUCGUGCUGCCGCUCUACGUCGCCCACGUCUGCCUGUCGCUGCGCCAGACCACCGACGACAUCGAGGUGGCGGGGCUCACGCGGGACGACGGCUUCCGGGCCUACGUCAUGGAGCUGCCGUUCCCGUGGUGGAAGGUCUUCUUCGUCACCGUCAUGGGGACGCUCGGGAAGCUCACCGGGUGCGCGGCGGCGGGACUCCUCCGAGGUCUGGGGAUGCUGGAGGCGCUGGCGCUGGGGAUGCUGCUCAACGUGAAGGGGUACUUCCACCUCUACUGCGCCCAGGCGGCGUUCGACGCCGGCAUCAUCACGGACAAGUCGUUCAUGGCCAUCAUCUUCAUGGUGGCGCUCAACGUGGCGGUGACGCCCAUGGUCGGGAUGGGCAUCGCGUCGUGGGCGCGGCGGCGCGUGCAGUGGCGGCUCAUGGGGCUGCAGCACCACGACCCGUCCACGGAGCUGCGCCUCGUGGUGGGGCUGCACGGCCCGCAGGACGUGCCGACGCUGUCCUACAUCAUGGAGGCGCUGCGGUGGGGCGGCGGCGCGGGAGGAGGCGGCGAGCUCUCCGUGUACGCCGUGGACAUGGUGCAGAUGACGGACCAGACGGCGGCGGCCAUCGUGAAGGGCGGCGGAUUCGACGGCGUGACCGUGGUGGACGAGGAGGUGUCGGAGAUGCGGAAGCUCAUCGGCGAGGCGCUGGACGCGUACCAGGCGGAGUGCGGCGGCGGCGCCAAGGUGAAGGUGCGGCGGCUGCUGGCUCUGUCGUCGUUCCCGGACAUGCACAGCGACAUGUGCAUCUGCGCGGAGGACGCGAUGGCGGCGCUGGUGCUGCUCCCGUUCCACAAGGCGCAGCGGGCGGACGGCAGCAUGGAGCCGGGCCACCACGGCUUCCGGGUGGUCAACCAGAAGGUGCUGCAGCUGGCGCCGUGCUCGGUGGGGGUGGUGGUGGACCGAGGCCUCGGUGGGAAGCAUGCAUCCGUCGUCAGCACCAGCUCCCAGUCCCAGCAAUCCCAGACACAGCAGACCCAGACGGCGGCCGUGGUGGUUGUAACGCGACGGCGCAGGCGCGCGCCAGGGCCCGGACGAGCCUUGUUCGAGAGCAAGGGCAGCCGGCCCGGCGGCGGCGGCGGCGGCAUGAUGAUGGGCGCCCCGGCGUCGUCGGCGCUGGGGCAGGAGGAGGCGCAGAUGCAGGUGGACGACAAGUUCUUCGCGGAGUUCUACCGGAAGCACGUGGCCGGGAGCAAGCAGCCGGGCGCCGCCGUGGCCGCCAUCGGGUACCUGGAGAAGCACGUGGCGGACGGGGCGGAGCUGGUGGCGGUGCUCCGGGGCAUGCAGGCGGACUACCGGCUCUUCAUCGUGGGGCGCGGCAGGGACCGCAGCUCGGUGCUGACGGAGGGGCUGGACGAGUGGGCCGAGUGCCUGGAGCUGGGCCCCGUCGGCGACAUCCUCGCGUCCUCCGACUUCUCCACCACCGCCUCCGUGCUCAUCGUGCAGCAGUACGACGCCAAGAAGCACUACAAGGUCAUCGACGAGGAGUUCAUGCCCUUGUAG